AUGGCGAUUUCCAUGGCAGAGGUGGCCAAGCACAACUCCAAGACUGACUGCUGGGUGGUCGUGGCUGGCGAUGUCCUGAAUGUCACCAGCUUCCUGAGUGAACAUCCAGGCGGCGAGUUGGCGAUCAUCACCUUUGCGGGCAAAGAUGCUACCGAGGAGUUCAACAUGAUCCACCCUCCCGAUGUGAUCAGCAAGUAUGCCCCAGAUUCCAUCAUUGGCAAGCUGGGCGCCGGAGGUGCGGCACCUGCCGCUCCAGCAGCCCCCGCACCAGCACCGGUGGCUGCUGCCCCUGCCGCAAGCGCAGCGGCGCCGCUUUUGGACAACCAUGGAAAGAACUGGAGCAAAGCGGAGCAGAACAGGGAGAUGCGCAUGAAGGGCGAAGGUAGAAUCCCUGGGUGGAUCGGGGCCAUCUUCUACAUGGCUGGAAGAGGCCGGCUGACGAACUCUUCUGGAGAAAUCCUGGCUGGAGUUGCAACUGUCAAAGAAGCGGGCAUACAGAGCGGCGACGUGCUGACGCUACAUGUGAAGCAGACACAAGUUGGAGCAACGAUGAAGGGCGCGUGCUUCUCUGCAUUCACGGCGCUCUUUGGUGAUGGAUCUGUAGUGACCUGGGGUCAUCCUAGAUGCGGUGGUGACGGCGGGGUCCUACGGCAGCGGCUGAAGGAUGUGCAGCAGAUCCAGGAUGGUGGCGACAACAGCGCAGUGCAGGAUAAGCUGAAGGAUGUGCAGCACAUCCAAGCCUCUCACGGCGCAUUUGCUGCCAUCCUGAGUGAUAGAUCUGUAGUCACUUGGGGUUGUCGUUUCCGGGGUGGUGACAGCAGUGCUGUGCAGCAGCAGCUGAAGGAUGUGCAGCAGAUCCAAGCCUCGCACAGUGCCUUUGCCGCAAUCCUGGCUAAUGGAUCCGUGGUCGCAUGGGGUGAUCCCGAAGAGGGUGGCAACAGCCGUGACGUUGACGCUGAGCUGAGAAAUGUGCGACAGAUCCAAGCUUCUCGUGGCGCAUUUGCCGCGAUCCUGGGUGAUGGAUCUGUGGUCACGUGGGGUGAUCCCGAAGAUGGCGGUGACAGCAGUGCAGUGCAGGAGCAGCUGAAGGGCGUACUGUACGUCCAAGGCUAUUUGUGCUCAUUUGCUGCAAUUCUGAGCGAUGAGUCUGUGGUGACCUGGGGUCAUCCUGCCGUUGGCGGCGACAGCAGGGCUGUGCAGCCGCUGAAGGCUGUACGUCAGAUCCAAGCCUCGCAUAUAUCGUUUGCAGCUAUCUUGGGCGAUGGGACUGUGGUCAGCUGGGGGGAUGUCGAAUGUGGCAACAGCAGUGCAGUGCAGGAGAAGCUGGUUGACGUGCAGCAGAUCCAAGCUUCACGAUACGCUUUUGCGGCCGUCUUGGGUGAUGGAUCUGUUGUUACCUGGGGCCAUCCGGGGUAUGGUGGCAACAGCAUGGCCGUGCAGGAUCAGCUGCAAGAUGUCCAGCAGAUUCAAGCUUCCAUAGGUGCAUUUGCCGCAAUCCUGGGCGAUGGGUCUGUGGUCGCCUGGGGUGAUCCCGAGGAUGGUGGCGACAACAGCGCGGUGCGGGAGAAGCUGAAGGAUGUGCAGCACAUCCAAGCUUCAUCUCGGGCGUUUGCGGCCGUUUUGGGCGAUGGAUCUGUGAUCACCUGGGGUCAUCCCGACCAUGGCGGUGACAACAGAUGCGUUCAAGACGGUUGGGCAUAA